CAACGCUGAUUGCACAAAACGAUUGUUUCUGUGCACAGAUGGUGUUUCAGGCUGCCUGGGAUGCGGUCGCUGUGACCGGGGGGAGGUAGCCCGUCAGCACAGCCGCGGACAGCCAGACACGAAACGCAGUAGCCGCCCGGACGACCACUUUCCGCACCCGUUUUGACUCUUCACCGGGCGGCCACCGGAGGAUGUUCGAGCCAGGAUGCUGCGCUUCCCCGUGAAGAAGAUCCGGAAGCAGUUCAAGCUCCUGCUGCUGCUGGUGCUGCUCACCUCCGCCGUGUGGUUCACGUACCUGCACAUCAACCAGGGCAAGACCAUCAAACUCCACUUCAACUACGGGAAAGAUGGAGAGAGACAGACGGAGGGGACAGACGCCAGCCGUAAGAGGGACACUCGCUCCUCAGCCGGCCACCACAAGAGUGAGGACACCAGCGACAGCAGGGAGGACGAGGCGGCAGAUGAUGACCCAAUCACAGGAGGGGCCGAUGGCAGAGACCAUACCCACAUCCGGAAGUUCCUCAGCCAGCGUCACAAGAAAUUGCUGUGGAAACCAGAGUAUAAGGGCCAGGCAAACCUGCAUGUGUUUGAGGACUGGUGCGGCUCCUCCAUAGCCCAACUCAGAAAGAACCUGCACUUCCCUCUCUACCCUCAUACCAGAACCACAGUGAAGAAGCUGGCAGUGGCUCCGAAGUGGAAGAACUAUGGCCUGAGAAUAUUUGGCUUCCUUCACCCUUACAGAGACGGUGAUUUCCAGUUCUCAGUAUCGUCUGAUGAUAACUCUGAACUCUGGCUGAGUCCUGAUGAAAGCCCUCUCAAUGCCAGACUCCUGGUCUAUGUAGGACAGCUGGGUACAGAGUGGACCGCUCCAGGCGAGUUCAGCAAGUUCAGGUCCCAGUCCUCCAAGUCUGUGCACCUGAUCUCAUCCAGACGAUACUACUUUGAGAUCCUCCACAAGCAGGAUGACAAGGGGUCAGAUCACGUGGAGGUUGGGUGGCGUCCAUUCCUCCCUGGUCUGAAAUAUGAAGUGAUAGACUCAGCUUACAUCUCCCUGUACACAGAUGAGUCCAAUCUGAAGAUGAACAGUGUGGACCACAUCCCCCAGACCUUGGCCAGUCACAUCCAUCUCCCAGAGGAGUCUCAGUCCCAGGGUCUUGAAGGAGGCAGCAUCAUGCAGCACGGAGCGGAUAUGCUGAAGCCAGACCCCAGGGACACCUUCUACAGCACUCCUACGAUUGACCCCUCCCGCCUGGAAAACGUUCUGCCAGCCUGUCUCUACUCCCCAACCUAUGUUGUCAAAGAUUUUCCCAUCGCCAGAUACCAGGGCCUGCAGUUUGUUUAUCUGUCCUUCGUCUACCCCAAUGACUUCACGCGUCUUACCCACAUGGAACGAGAGAACAAGUGUUUCUACAGAGAGUCUCCUAUCUACUUAGAGAAGUUUGGUUUCUACAAAUAUAUGAAGAUGGAUGAAGAGGAAGAUGACAGACCGUUCUUCUUCCCAAACCCAGAUGAUUUCCUAGAGGAAGAGGAGGUGGUAGAGGCAGAGGAUGAGGCAGAGAUCGUUGGCACACAGUCGCCCAAGAAGCCAUCUAAUCCCAGCCAGACCAGCCACACCUCCAACCCCUCCCAUCUGCACUCAAAGCCUUGGCCCACACCAGCUGGUAGAGAAGAGGAGGAAGAGGAGUUGGACCCUGAUGAAGAGGAGGAGGGAGCAGUCAACAGUAUCAUACACCGCAGAGAAAGGAGACACUUUCUUCACAGAGAUGGACAGAUGAGUAGGGAUCUGGACAGAAACUGGGGACGAGACCAUACAAGAGGAAACGUGAGACAGGACUCCAGAAAGGGACUUGACAAGCCCCAACCCAGGGUGCUUGAUUCUGAUACCGACAGUGUGAGGGGUCGCUCCCUGUCCUGGAUCCAACCUGGUCCUGUAGAGCACAGCCCUGGCAGGAAAGGAGGAGGAAUAGGUGGUGGAGAAGGACGAGGAGACGAGAAAGGAGCUGAGAUGCUGCCUAAACUGAGCAAGUCUUCACUACUUUUCCCCCAAAAGUCCUCUCUCUCUGCCCUUGCCAGCCGUGCCAAGCAGAUCCUCAGUAACUCCGCCCACAGCAACAACCCUUAUGACAACAGCAACAAGCUGGCUGGAAACAACAAGAAGGAGGAGAACAAGAUCUAUAUCACCAGGCCCCGGCCUGCCAAGGAGAGGGAGAGGGUGAGAGAGCAGCGUCGAGAGAGGAGGGAGGAAAGGGCGUCUCGCCACCCUAGAGAGGUGUUUCCGGGAGUCUUUUUGUACCAAACCGGGAAAACCACAAGGCUGGUCAACGUGGGUGCCAAAGGACAUGCUGGGGGAGGGGUAACUGGAGGUAGAAACUUUGUUAAUGCCCCUCAGCUCUGGCCCAACCCCCCCACAAAAGAGGGUAAGACAUCUCCUCACAAUGGAAGCAUCAGCAUUCAGAGUGAAAGUGUAAAGAAGUUAGUCAGAAGGGGAACAGUGGCAAAACAACCAGAGAAAAGCAAGAGGAAAGGGGAGCAUCGGGAUUUAAAGACUGCUGUGACAGCUGAUCUACCAAGCAAAGACGGCCCACUAACCCCACUAUCCCAUCACCAAAAUCCCCCUCCAGUUACCCUGCCAAGGUUAAACUCCACAGAAAACACACUCCAAGGUCAAUCAAGAGUCACCUCUUACAUCAGGAUCUCAGAGAUCACUGAGUCCCAGCAGCGGCCCGGCCCGGACCCAAAUGCGGCAGAACUUGAGCAGGAUACAAACCGCUCUAAUCCUGACCCUGAUCCCGAUCCUGAUCCUGAGCCAGAGGAGGGCGAGGUGUCGGACUACAGCUAUGAGGAGGUUGAGGCUCGGCCAGGCUGGGCAGAAGAGAGCAUCAACUGGCAAAGAACCUUCUCAGUCAAUCCGAUGGACUUUGAGCUUCUGCGGUCUGACUGGAAUGACCUGCGCUGCAAUGUGUCUGGCAACCUCCAGCUGGCAGAGAGUGAGGUGGUGGACGUGCUAGCACAGUACAUGGAGAAACUCAACGAGCGCAACGGAGGGAUCUACACCCUGUUGCGAAUUAUCAAUGUCGAGAAGCGCCGCGACUCAGCGAGAGGGAACCGUUACCUGGUGGAGCUGGAGCUAAUGGAGAGAGGCCGGAGCGUGGUGCGUCUGUCAGAAUACAUUUACCUGCUGCUCCACCGUGGCAGGCAAGGAGAGGAAAGUCUAGAGAACACUGACUCUGCCCCGGCCUCAGCACCAGCCUCAGCUCCCUCCCCUGCUACAUCCAGCCUCGCCACCCCACCACCCCCUCCCUCUUCCAAGUCCCCCGCCCGUCCCGGAGCGACACCAUGGAGCACAGCCUAUGCUAAGCCCCUGCUCUGCCAGCCAGUCAUGCUGCAGUGGAGGAGAGAUGUCAUGGUGCACUUUGUGGUGCCAGUGAAAAACCAAGCUCGGUGGGUACAGCAGUUUAUCUCUGACAUGGAGAAUCUUCACCGCCAGACCAAGGAUGACAAUUUCAGCAUCAUCAUUGUCGACUUUGAGAGUGAAGACAUGGACGUGGAGCAGGCACUUAGAGAGAGCAGUGUGCCAAGAUACGAGUAUCUUAGGAGAGAGGGGAACUUUGAGCGCUCAGCGGGACUGCAGAUUGGAGUGGACACUAUUGAGGAUAGUCACAGCAUCGUGUUCCUAUGUGAUCUGCACAUCCAUUUCCCUCUCAACAUCUUGGAGAGCAUAAGGAAGCACUGUGUCGAGGCACGCCUUGCUUUUGCUCCCAUUGUCAUGAGACUCAGCUGCGGAAGUUCACCACAGGAGCCUGAUGGUUACUGGGAGGUAAAUGGCUUCGGCCUGUUUGGAAUCUACAAGUCAGAUUUUGAUAAGAUUGGAGGGAUGAACACAGAGGAAUUCAAAGACCGCUGGGGUGGAGAGGACUGGGAGCUGCUGGACAGGGUACUGCAGAAUGGUUUGGAGGUUGAGAGACUACGCCUGAGGAACUUCUUUCACUACUACCACUCCAAACGAGGCAUGUGGAAUGCCCAAAACAAGAAAACUCCUAAGGGAUAGCGCUCCAUGCUGGUCGGAGGAUUCUAAAAACCUACCUGCAGAUCCACUGUGUGUGAGAGAGAGACCUAUGGUAGCUCGCUCACUGCCUGAACUCUGCCUUUUCUGAAACCAGGCUCCUUUCAGGGAUGCCUCUGUCUUGCCAACGGCCCCUCUUGUAUACUUGUCUGUAUGAGGAAAUGGAGUCCAAAUCUGAACUUUGGAGGCUAGCUGUUUAUGCAGACAGACCUGAGUCAUCACUUUGCCUCAUUGACUGAACUACUGUACAGAGAAAAGAGAGUUAUUUUUGUUCUCCUUCUCUCUGACCUUUUUUGGUGCAAUGUUUUCACACAGACUGGAAAGCAGCUGUUUUUUGUGUGCGUGUGUUUGUGUGUAUGCGUGAGUACAUUCUUGUAUAUAUAUAGGUGUGUGUGAGUAUGUUGCCGCUUGUGUGUUUAUGAUGACAGGAAGCACCUUUUUCUAACAAGGAGAUAUGAAGACAACCUAAGAUCAUUUUUUCUAACAUGCUCUCACAUGGGAGCCUAAUAGAAUGUGUGUCAACAUGUUAUUCGAAUAGAUUCAGACAUGGUGGCGUAGCUUGAGUAGAGGAUGUAUGGCUUUGGUAAACAGUAUUUCUAAAUACAUCAACUACUACCUGUUAAAUAUCAUUGACCAGUAUGACCGAAGUGCUGACAUUUUCCUGAUAUCUGAUAUUAUGAAACAAAGAAAGUUUUCUAAUCAGAAAAGCCCUUCUCCAAACACAUACUGACAGAUGCAUCAUCUUUAUGUCUCUUUCUGUCCCUUUCUCUCCUUCUGAUUCUCUUUUAUCUUCAAUUCAUUACCUCCACCAAGGAGGUUAUGUUUUCACCUGUGUCUUUUUGUUUGUUUGUUUAUUUUUCGGCAGGAUUCCACAAAAAGCGCUCAGCUGAUUUGCACCAAACUUGGUGGAGGGAUGGGGUAUGGGACAGGGAGCCCAUAAAAUUUUGGUGCGGAUCCGGUUAAAGGGCGGGUCCAGGAAUUUUUUUAUCACUUUCCUUAACAUUGCGAGAUAGAGCAUUUUUCAACAGUUGUGUAUAUUUGGCCUUGGCGGAGGUAUGCGCUCUACUGAGUGCCAUUCUAGUUUUCAGUGUCAUACUAAUCUGUGUAUUUAUAUCUGUUGAAACAUUAAAUAUAGCCCCGCUGCUGUUUUGUAAUAUUAGUUUUACGUACUACACAAAGACUAAUGCUAACUAUCGGUUAUGACUUGAUUAAUUUUGUUUAAUUAACAGAAAUUUGUUCUGCUGUUGGUUAUUUAAAUGGGUUUUCAUUUGUAUGGAUGCGCUAACAUUUUGGGUGCUAUUUUCUGUUCUCAAACACUGAAUUUGUGAAUGGUUUACACUUUUAAACUCUGGCGAUAUCCUCCAUUCCCUCCAGAUCUCUAACCUCAUUGUCAACUGGAAUACAUAAAACGGACACAGGAGUGGAGCUGACAACUACAGCAGCUUUCUGACAUUUGAUUUAAAAUUGUCCCACCAUUGUUUUAAGCAUUUUCUGAGCUGAGUAUUUCAUUGCAAAUACUGGAUUUGGGGGAUUAAAACUUUGUCUCUCGUAUUAACAUACCACGAGACAGGGAAUGCUUAGCUGUAAAAACAUCGACACUCUUCUUUUAGGCUUGUAUAAAGCUCCAGCAGAAGGGAGACCAUUUCAUGUGUCAGACAUGAUGUGGCAAGGCUUGGUUGUUUCACAAUUGUGUGCCUUUAUCAGGGAUUGGCUGCAGGCAGUUUUUAAACUACUCUAAUGACAGAAGAGGGCAGGAACAGACAGGAAUACGUUAUUUAUCAACAGGCUGUAAUGUCACUGUAAAUUCAGAUACACUGUAAAAGAAGGAAAUAUGGUUCUCUUAAAGAGAUUACAGAUGUGUCAGUCUGUUUGUUAUAUUACCUUAGAAGCAAGAAGGAGUGGUCUUUGCAAGCCAGUUGUCCUCAUUGGUGAGAAAGACAGAGAUGGUACAAAUGACUACGUAGAGGGAACAGCAGGUGUGAUGGAGACUCACUGGCAGCUGCUGUUAAGCAGGACCCCACCUGCUCCCAUUAGUUCGGCUGGAGGCCAGGCUCCUAAUGCCUCUGUUUAUGCAACAUGGUACUUAUAAUGAUGGGGAGCGGCUGGAGGGCUCAAGGCUGGACAUGUAUAUGGAAGAGAGGUAAUGAUCUGUUAUUGACUACAUGAUUGUCAAAAAUGCCCUCCAAGACCCUUUCUUUGCCUCUACAGGAAAAAGGUCUAUACUGUACGUCAUUUAACAUUGACAUGGGAUUAUUUAAAGAACAAAAGAAACACAUUAAAUAUAAGACUAUAUAUAUAUAUAUAUUUAUAUAUAUAUAUAUAUACAUAUAUAUAUAAGAAACAUAAA